AUGGCUGCAUUGUGGCUGCUGAGUCUGGUGAGCAUGGUGCUGGGCUUGGCCACAGCUGCUCCUGACCCUCCUUCCAAGCCCACUCCAGCCAGAACAGGCUGUCACAUUGGCAUUUUCCAGUCUGUGUCACGACGGGAGCUAGGAAUCUUCAAGAAAGCCAAGGAUGCUUUGGAAGAAUUGCUGCUACAGAAGGAUGUCCAGUGUAGCACCAAUGCCUUUCCCAGUAGCCGGAAACUGAUCCAGCUGCAGGUCCAGGAGCGCCCCAAGGCCUUGCAGGCUGAGCUGGCCCUGACACUGAAGGUCCUAGAGAACAUGACUGACUCAGCCCUGGUCCCCAUCCUGGACCAGCCUCUUCACACCCUGCGCCACAUCCACUCACAGCUGCAGGCCUGUGUGCAGCCUGAGCCCACAGCAGAGCCCAGGCCUCUGAGCCGCCGCCUCUCACACUGGCUGCACAGGCUCCAGGAGGCCCGGAGGAGGGAGACCCCCGGCUGCCUGGAGGCCUCUGUCACUUUCAACCUCUUCCGCCUGCUUAACGCAGACCUGAAGUGUGUGGCGAGCGGAGAUCAGUGUGCCUGA